ACCGGGUGGCCUUAACAACCCGUCUUCCCAGAUAUCCGUGACGAUCAACCACAAAACCAACGUGAUGGGCAAGGCGAUGGCCGCGCAUGGCGAGGUGCCGGUGCUCACCAUCAUGGCCACCGAGCCCUUGAUGCCAACCACUCACCGAGACAACUAUUUUAUUGUUGUCAACGUUGCAUGUAACGCUUCCUUCAUCCCGAUCAGUCGCUCCGUCACCGAGGUGCCCAACCAGAGUGGCGGCACACAGGCGCCUGUGGUCGACGGGACCGCCCCGACCCCUACCGACAACGGCGCCCCAGUCGGCAUCAUCGUCGGCGUGCUGGUCGCUCUCCUGGUGAUCGUCGCAAUCGCCAUCAUCGUGUCCGUCAUCCGCAAGAGGCGCACGAUGGAGGUGAACCAGCACACGCCGCUGCAGGAGCAGCAGCAGGCCCAUUAGGCCCGGAGGGUUGCACAAGCGCGGAGGGAGAGCCUGUGGAAGGGACUCUGCGGGGCUUCUGCCUCGUCAUAAUGUGCCAUAGUGUUUGUGUAAUGUGAAUUUCAUAGAGUGUAUGUGUUAUGAUAUAUAUAUAUAUAUAUAUAUAUAUAUAUAUAUAU